AUGGGCUUCCUUGAGAUACUGAUAUUCUUUGCUGCGUAUUUGGAAUCCUCGACGGGCUUCCGAGGGCCUCAUCAUCCCAAAAGUUCUGUUUCUCAUCAUCAUUAUACUCCGCAGGGUGAUAUUAAACUGACUCAGGACUCGGAACUUCUUCAUGACACUGCGCAUUUAGUUGAAGACAUGGGUACUGAUUAUGCUGGAUUGUCUUUGGACACGAUGAGCGAAGAUGAAAUAGAAUUUUAUUUCUUCAAGAUGCACGAUAAAGACAACAAUACAAAACUGGACGGCCUGGAGAUACUCCACGCUCUGCAACACACAUAUCACACAGAAGAAGACUAUAACGAAGUAGACGACUAUAGCCAAGUGGACAAGAUCCCCAUGAUCAUUAAAAUGGUAGACAGAGUCUUAGAAGAAGACGAUCUAGACAACGACGGAUACAUCGAGUACUUUGAGUACGUUCUAGCGAAAGAGAAAAAAAAUAGCAGCGAGAAGAGCACCACUCUGGAAUCCUUGAACUUGCAAUAA